AUGGCAAUUGUGUUUGGACAUGAGAAUGAUAGAUCGGUGCAGGACACGUUCAUGAAGAAGUGCAAGAAGAAGGUGCAAUUCAUUGAGGAGCAAGAUCUAUGGGUGAAUGGUUGCUUCAUGUCGGAAGAAGACAUGAGACUCGAUAAGUUUUCGGAGAAAAAGAAACGGCAAAUCCUAGAAGAGGAUGAGUCCAUGGGCGAAGAGGACUUCAGGAAAGAGGCUGAAGGCCAUGACACCAUGCCUUCAAACAUGGAUCUUCCUGAAGACACAACAGACCCUACGAUUCUAAUUGAAGCUGAUGGAACUGACAACCAGCACAAGACCUUGAAGCUCUUGAACUUUCCGGUCAUGGACGACGCUGAUGCUUUGGCAAGCUCUUACAUCCCCCGCGUGUUGACGUGUCUUUCCAAGUGGGGCGUCAAGAUCCAAUCCAUGAUGGAGGUGUUGGAGUCCGUUGAGGAUCUAUCUGAUAACCUGAGGCAGCAUCAGGACAAGCUCGAGGCUGACUUCAAAGAAGCUCGAAAACAGUGCCUCAGUUUACAAUAUUACCUUCUUUCCGGAAGGUGCGCGGAGGCCCUCAACCUUACCACUCGCUCACAGCAGGGCGCUCCUGCCCAAACACUUCAGAAGCACGGGGAGGCUUUGCAGGCUGAGCUGCAAUGCGAUUUGGAGUACGUUGCCAAGUGUGGCAUGUUGAGCAGAAGCUAUCAGAAUGUUGGCCACGUGAAUCAGAUAGCUUGCUGUUCAGAUUGCAAGGCAGGGCUGCCCCAGUUGGGCAUUGCGAGGAAUUUCAUCGGAUCAACGAUUGUCAUGCUUGCCCAUGAAGGACACUUCGACGAUACAACUGACGCAAGCGAGAGUCGGGCAUUGAAGGUCUGGUACGGGCUAAGUGGCUAA